GCUUGGACAGCUAAGGUCAGGAAGAGUAUCUGCAGGGAUGAUUCCGCAAAUUGUGCUUGGCCUUGGCAAAACUUCAUUUGCGUAUGGCCAGUUAAAGCUAUCAAGAAAUUACCAAGGCAUAAUCAAUGAGCAUCUCAUUGAUUGUAUGUGAAGAUAACUAAUGAUUUGAUGUUGUCCAGAGAUAUGGAAAGCUCUCGGCUUUCGGCAUGUGGGAUGGGCCGAACGACGCUAACCCGGACAGGCAAUAGCGACUGCACUCCUGGACUCCGCGUUCUUCUGGGCUUCAACGGCCUGCAAAAGUGUAUCCCGAGGUCAAUCCCGAGGUAGUUGCGGAGCGGAGCCACCAGCGGCUAAAUAUCAGCACAAUUAUAAUGAAUAUGACUGCACCAGCUGUCUUCCCCAUCCCCGGAUUGAGCUCUGAGAGCGCUAACGGUUCCUCGGGACCAGGGAUCUAGCGCCGUCUCUCGUCUUCUUGCCCCCGCCGCCCGCCAGGACCAGCAGCCGGCAAUGAUCUUUUAAAAGCGCAGCUCUCCCCACACGGGCCUACGAUUUAACCAACCUGGGGACUUAAACUUACUUUCAAACAGUGAACCUGAGAAUAUAUAGCAUAAUAUCUGUUCACUAAGCCUUGUCCGUAGUCAUGGCUACCAACUCACCCAACCCAAUCCCGUUCUCAGAGCCCCCAUACCUCUGCGGGUUUCCCUCCCCAUAUUAUACCGAAGGCCAUCGCAGAUUCCAGAAAGCAUGUCGCGCAUUCCUGUGGGAGAAUUUGAUCUCCCAUGCCUUCGAGUGGGAGCGGGAGGGCACAGUUCCAGAGCAUGUUUGGCAUACGUUCGCUCAACACAAUAUGCUGCUUCCCAACCUUGCAUCCCCUCUACCGGUGGCCUGGUUAAAGAAGCUCGGUAUCCAUGAUAUUCUGGGGGUUAAAGUGGAGGAUUGGGAUUUAUUAUAUACUGGGAUCUACUUGGAUGAGAUGAACCGAUCGGGAUUAAGCGGGCCCCCGACUUCCCUGUGUGCCGGCAUGGCAUAUGGCGUCCCACCGGUGAUCAAAUUUGGUAGCCCUGAGCUCCAUGAACGGUUUCUCCCCGAACUCUUGACUUGCAAGAAGCGAUCAUGUAUUGCAAUCACAGAACCGGAUGCCGGAAGCGAUGUUGCCAAUAUUACCACCACGGCUAACAAAACGGCCGAUGGAAAACACUACAUCAUUAACGGGACUAAGAAAUGGAUCACAAACGCAAUCUGGGCAGACUACACCACCAUGGCCGUGAGGACGGGCGGACCAGGCGCAAGCGGCCUGUCCCUCGUGAUUGUCCCACUGAAAAACCAACCCGGUGUAACCAUGCGCCGAUUAUCUGUCACCGGCCAAGCUGCCGGUGGAACUACCUUCAUCGAGCUCGACGAUGUCAAGGUUCCAGUCGAGAACCUCGUCGGCGAAGAAGGCUUGGGCAUGAAAUAUAUCAUGACCAACUUCAACCACGAGCGUCUCACCAUCGUCGUGGGUGUAGUGCGCCAGGCACGCGUGGCUCUCAGCGCUGCGUUCGAAUAUUGUCUCAAGCGCCAGGCAUUCGGAAAGACUUUGAUGGAUCAGCCUGUGGUUCGACACCGGCUUGCAAAGGCUGGCGCGGAGCUGGAGAGUUUGUGGGCGUGGACUGAGCAAUUCCUGUACCAGGUGAAUAAUAUGUCUAAGGAUGAAGGUGAUUUCAGGCUUGGAGGCCUGACGGCACUGGCUAAGGCGAAGGCUGGUAUGGUGCUUAACGAGUGCGCGCAGGUCGCAGUGCUCCUGUUCGGUGGCAAUGGGUUGACGAGAACUGGACAGGGGGAGGUUGCUGAACGGAUAUAUCGUGAGGUUCCUGGUGUCCGUAUUCCUGGCGGUUCAGAGGAUGUGUUGCUCGACUUGUCCGUGCGGCAGCUUGUCAAAGUUUUCAAGGCUCAGGAGCAAAAGCUCGAACGGGCGAAAAUAUGAGGUGUGUGAGGCAGUGUGAGAGUGCAGUGCAAGUGUAUAUGUUUCUGUAUGCUAUGCUUUAACAUCAUGGCCUUCCACGAUGGUACAAGCUAGCUUUUGAAUAUGUCGGGGGAGGGGAGCAUUUAUUGGUGUUUGCCUGCAAUUUUAUUCUAGAAACGAAUCGGAUGUGGUAUAACGUCGUACCUGUCUCUUAACCGAUUCCUAAUUUCCUUUUGACUUUAUACCGGUAUUUCCAGAAAACAAAGUCCCGUAAUGGACCGUGGGAUGAGCUGGAGCAGCAUGGCACCUCUCACUCGUUGAGAGGCUAACAUCUGAAACCCUCUUCAUGCCAUCCUGAUGGCGGCUGGACCCAAAUUCAGCGCGAGCGCGGAUUAUAUGGAUGACGGAUCGCAUAAGAGCAUUUUGCCAAAACUUUAGCUGAACUGCGCCACAAUCGUGGGCGUUUCCAAGGCCGUAUCCAACCACACUUGGUCAGAAGCCAUAGCUCCCUGUCCACGAAGUCCAUUAGAGGAGUCCCAGCUUCAAGGCUGCGAGGGUCGCACAAUGCUUUUGUAGCUAUGAUUCAGGAUAUCAAAUGUGCCAGCGUUAUUGGUUUUGCCAGCCAUUGCUCUGGGAUAUCUCAUCCUCCCGGACCGCAAAAUCAAAGCCCAACUUCAACAUUCGCUGCCCUACCAAGUGACAUCCUAAUCGACGCGGUUCAACUGUAUGGCGGCCAGGAGCGAUUGUUUCUUCGCAAUCAAGCGAAAGCUUCUCUAGAUAGUACCCCUCUUCCCUAUCCAUUCACCACUCUGGAUGACAAUAUUCAGAAUGAGUUAAUUCUCGCAGGCUUCCUCUUUGCCCCUUGCUUCAUUUUCAUCAGAGACAUUUCCUUUGGAGGCUGACUUGGGGGUAUUGGAUCGGCAGUACGAAGUUAGACGGGACCAUCCCGACAUCCAUACACUUCGCACAGCAGAAAAAAUGCCAAGUCAUAGUUACAAUCUGAGAGAUCAAUUGUACAAGUUCACUGAUUUUCUGAUAUCUCUACUUUUCAUAACAAGAAUUGCUAUACAAAAUCUAUCUAAAAGUAAAGUCUGCUAUAUUCACUCAGAUUAACAAGAUCAAGAUAUGUAUAAUAGCGAUAAUGAAAAUGAUAAAAAUAGCAAUAAAUCAAGUAAUAAUAUUAAUAAUAUCAAAUCUGUUUGUUAUAUAAAUAGAAAAAUGAUAUUUCUUUCAGUUAUUUCAAGUCUCA